AUGGCGGCGAGUUCACGUCCUGCUUCUGCUUCUCAGGAGGAGUUCACUCCUCCCGGAACGUUUCUCCUGGUAAAAGGUACGGUUUUCUGGCUGUUGGCUCACGAUGCAUUUAUUCCUGACAGCUGUAAAGAAAGCGAACAUGAUGGCAUUGUCUCUGCUGAAAGGGUCGUCGUAUUGGACCCUGUGCCAUCGGCAGAUCCCAACGAGCCGUUGAAUUGGAGUAUAAAGCGGAAGGCUGUCAAUCUCACUCUUGCUCUCACAGUGACCUGCCUCAUCUUCACUGCUUUAUCGGUACAGGUCCUCUUCUGGCAAUAUAUGGUCGUGGAUAUGCCCGUGAACUACAACCAGCUGAAUUGGGCCGUAUCUGCGAACAAUGCCGGUCUCGCAGUUGGUUGUAUGUUCUUCGUUCCUAUGGCGCGAAAAUAUGGCCGUCGACCGACGUACCUCAUCUCAACUGCCUUGAUGCUUGCCACGUCGUUCUGGUCCGCGGAGAUGAAGUCGGUUUGGGAGCUCUAUGUGACCAAUGUCAUUCAGGGUUUAGCCGGUGCUACAAACGAAGCCAUUGUCCAGAUUACAAUCAGUGAUUUGUUCUUUGUCCAUCAACGAGGAACCAUGAACGGCCUAUACAUGACUAUGAUGAUGACAGGGAGCUUUCUCACCCCGAUGGCAGCCGGCACCCAGGCUACGAACCAGAGUUGGAGAUGGUCAUACCGUACCAUGGGGAUUAUCAAUGCUAUAGUCUUGCUGCUCUUCAUUUUUUUCUACGAAGAAACAAAGUAUAUUCCUGUUAUUGACGGUAUCAACACUGCACCUAGCAAUGCAGAUACCUUUGAUGACAGACCGAGGAAUGAUACAAAGAAGGCAACCAAGGAUAGUACUACCGAGCUGUCCGGGCAGCCACCUGCCAAGUUCCAGCCGACAACGGAACAACGCGAGCUGGAUUUAAGCAUUCCUAUGAAUCCUUUGAAAAAAAGAUUCGCCUUAUUCACCCCAUCCCCGGUGCCAGUUUGGCCAUUUGUUUACCGACCAUUCAUCAUCCUCUUGAUGUUCCCUGCCGUGCUCUUUACUGGCAUGCAGUAUGCCUGCGGCGUGGCGUGGUUGACCAUCAUGGUUAGCAUUCAGUCGAUGGUCUAUGCAUAUCCACCUUAUAAUAUGAGUGCAGAGAAAAUAGGUUUCCUCGGUGUUGCACCUUUCAUUGGCAGUCUGGUUGGUGUUGUGUACGGUGGCUAUUUUGGCGAUAGGUCCAUUCUAUACUACGCUCGGAAGAACCGUGGAUACUACGAGCCUGAAAUGCGCUUGUAUAACCUGCACAUACCUGCACUUUGCCAGGCUGGGGGGCUAAUUAUGUUUGGAGCCUGUACCGACCGGGGCUUGCAUUGGAUCUGGCCCACAAUCGGCACCGGUAUCUUCGCAUUUGGCCUCGGUAGUAUUAGUGAUGCAGCCUUGACUCUAGUCAUCGACAGCUAUCGAGAGAUCACCGGAGAUGCUUUUACCGGAAUAGUAUUUCUUCGGAACGCUGUCAGUGUCGGGGUCCCCUUCGGAAUUACUCCCUGGAUGGAGCGGGAUGGUCUCACGAAUAUGUUCAUCAUAUGUGGUUUCAUCAGUCUCGCUGUGUCAUGCACGUAUAUCCCGUUGGCCAUCUACGGGAAACGCGUCAGGACGAAACUUGCAUCUCGAUAUUAUGGCAUGUGGGUGGGCUGA